AUGGUCAGGGGUCUGGAGCUUCUCUCUUGUGAGGAGAGACUCUGGGAUCUGGGCCUGUUUGGUCUGGGGAAGACUGAGAGGGGAUCUCAUCAAUGCACAGAAACAUCCCAAAGGUGGGUGUCAGGAGGAUGGUGCCAGAUAACAUUUCGGUGGUGCCCAGCAACAGGUUGAGGUGCAAUGACCAUAAACUAAAGCACAAGACAUUGUACCUCAACAGAAGGCAGAAUUUCUUUACACUGAGGGUGGCAGAGCACUGGAAUAGCUGCCUGAGGAGGUUGAGGAAUCUCCCUCUCUGGAGACACUCAAAAUCCACCUGGACACAUUCCUAUAUCACCUGCUCUAGGUGACCCUACUUUGGCAGGGAGGUUGGAUCUCCAGAGGUGCCUUUAAACUCUAAUGAUUCUGUGAUUAAGAACCUGGUAUCUGAAGUAUUGCAUAUAAUCAGAGUGAACAAAGUAGUAUUUUAUGCAUACAGAAAAAUUUUUAAGAUAAAUCUAUAUUUUUAUUUUAAUGCAAUUAAUCUUAUGUGCACCUUCCUUGGAUUAUAUUACAAACAUAUUGUUGGUGGUGUCAAAUUCUUCAGUGAAUAACCUCUCUCUCUCUGUCAAAUUAUUCACCUAGGAAGAUGCAUCUUACUGAAGACUGAAAUGUGUCUUUUCCCAGACUCCUUUUUCCCUGUCCCACAGGUUUUUCCAGUGUCUUCCUCAUCCCAUGCCUAAGCAAUCUGCAGCAAUCAGUUACAUGUCCAAGAGAACUCCUCAGGCUGGAUCUGUAAUUGGAUGCACUAUCAAUUAGGCAGUACAUAUAUGCCAGUACUGCUCAGAAACAGAAGCACCCAUCGCAUCCUGUGAAUAUACCUACAGCCAGGAGAACAUGGGCCAAUAUAUGUGAAAGGAUGCUCGUCCUAGCCCCGCUGAAGACAUAAGUUUACUUUAAAACAUUUUAAAGUGUGAGCACCUUCAUUUUGGCUGAAGUAUAAAACUUAAUGCUGUUCCUUGUUCUGUUGCCAGAACAAAGAAAAGAAACAGAGAAAUGUAAACAGGAAAACAUAAAUGAGUGAAGAAAGAAACAGUGCAAGAGAGGACUUGAAACAGAGGGGAGUUUGUGAUGUAGAGUAACUAAGGUUGGAGGUACAAAACUAAACAAACCUAUUGACUAUUUUUUCAUCUCAUACCUUGUUAAAAGACUCUUGGUUUCAUAAUUAAAAAUUUCCCAUGAGGCCUGUAUGUGAUCUGUUUCCCUGAAACUCAGUAAAACAAAGACCACAGAUGGCCUUCUUUGAUAAGUACAAUUAUUGGAGAAUAAACUGCAUAGUGAUAAUUCAUUAGUUCUCAGGUCUUCAUAUGGGAUCUGUGAAAGAUAAAUCUGGAUACAAGUUUGUCUACAUAGCAUGUGUUUUGAAAUUUGUAAGAUAUUGAAUUGGACUGUAUAUAUAAAAUCCAUUUUAAUGAUUUUAUACCAUUAAUCAUAGUAUGAUGAGGCUAUUUAGCUCAACAGGAGGCAAGUAAUUCAAGCAGUGCCCAAGAAUUAUUUUUAGGCAUCAACUGGCUGUGUAGAUAAUGUCCAUUAAUGACUGAAUAAACUCCAGCUUUGAAAGAAAUGAAUAAUUUCCCACUUUGCAUUUGCAUAGCACUGAUCAUCUAUAGACCUGACAGUUUUUAAAGGAUGGGCAAACAGUCACAGUGGCUAUUUCUAGUGAUAACAGAAUAUCCUGAAUAAAUUGCUACUAUGAUGGCAAAACAAACCCUGCUUGAGAGACACUACUGCAUAUAGCCAUAAGACUAAACAACUAGAGUACAGUGAAAACGUGUUAUGCUUAUAUGAAAGGGUAAACAGGCAGGAAAACAAGUUAACAGUUGGGGUUUGGUUUUUUUUGGGUUUUUUUUUUUUUUGUGGAAAACUGAGAUUAGGACCAUAUUUGGAUUACUAAUGAUUAUAUGCCCAGUCCAAUCCCUGUAGUCAAUUAUCAGUCUAUGCAGUUGAUGACUCCACAAAGAAACUUCCAAAUGUGUGCUAUUUUUAACUUCAAAAUGACCAUCUGAGCUUGCUGUCUGAGCUGGGAUACCUUCCUAUAAUGCAGGCAGGCUCUAGCCUGAGCAGAGAGGCUGAGAGACCUGCUACGUCUGCACAGUUACAUAGGCAGCUGACUUCAAAACAGAUCAUGGCAGUGUUUGGAUAUUGAACAAACCCAAAUGUAUCAUGUUCCAUGUCUCAACAACUUUGCAUCUUAGAAAGCAGCCAUAGCAUACUAUUAUAGGCAUGAAGGAACAGUAUUAGACUUCGUUGGCAGAACCAAAGCUGGAGCGCUGCUUUGGGGUCUCAUCAGACCUAGAAUCAGGAACUAGAAAUGGCUUGACCUAGAAGUGAAGAGAGUUGUUUAAGCAGUCUUUGGGUUGUGGAACAGCUUGCAGAGUGAUUUGUUGACACUGCUUUGCUUCAGUCUUCUUUCCUACUCUUCUGUAAAUAAUAAUUUAUGCAUUUACAUCUGAAGGCCUCAAAAGCCUUUCUUCUUGCUGUAUGUUACAGGACAGAAUGGUAAGUACGAGGAGUGGAUUCUGAUCCUGAAGAGGUUUUUUUCAUUGCCAUUGCACUGCAAUAUGACAUCUAUCAAAAUAUCUCUACAUAUAUGUCAAUACUAAGAUUUCUAUACAUACCUUGAUAACAUUUAAACUGCAGGAAAAACCCAGGUCAGCUUAGUUUAGAUAGUCUGGGAAGACAAAUCAUUCCAAUUCUACAAUUUACUUAAUUUUUAUCUGUGCAUUAUCAGAGACAUAGUUAGAUAUCCUGAAAAUAUGUAUCUUGCUUCAAACAGCCAAAUUUCACGUUUGAAAGGCAUUGACAAAUGUGCCACAUUUUCUGCAUCAACAUAAUACAUUAUAGAAUAAUAUUUUAUGUAUAGUCUUGGGGCUCUUCGGCAACUAAAACAGAGAGGAAAAGAAGGAAAACACAAAAUUUAAUGUUCUUGUCAUUGCUGAAUACUUUUGAGUGACAGUUACCAGUACAAAUCAGAUACAAGGUAUUUUAGUUACAAAAGUCAACUGCUUCAGUUCAAAUUUUUUGGUGAACACAGAAAUGAUAUGAGGAUUCAAACUGCAGUUCUAGGCAAUAAAUAAAUUCCCUGGAAAUUAAGGUCAAGUAACAUCAUACAUCUGGUAAGCACAACUUAAUUUUUCAAGAAUAAUAGAAAUGUUGCAGAAACAGGAGUGUGUGGAGAUUGGAGUACCUAAAUGGCAAAUUAUCUGAAGCAGAAUUUCUUUUUUGUAUUUUAAUAUUAGGAUUACUGUUUGCAAUAUUUAUUGAAAAUAACUUUUCCUUUUCCCAAAGCUUUUCUCUAUGUGCUGUUCUAGCAGAUUAUUUUUUCUUACAUGUUGCAUAACAUAGAAAUUUUGCAAGAGAUGCCUCUGUUUUAAGGUGCAUAGUAGUCUUUAGGUAUUGCUGUUGAGACUUUGAUAGCCAGAAUCAUAAAUGUAUUUUUUUAACACAUUUUACUUAAAUGUUCUUUUAUCAUUAUUAUCACUUUAUAGGAUGCCUGGAGUGGCUUUGGUGCCUGAACAGGAUAUGGCACUGAUAGAUAAUCUUUGAAAACCCAGGAAGAAGAGUUUCUUCACUUGAGACCUUCUGCUCUGUGCUGGUGACAUGUCUGCACUCCAGCAGCUGCAAACCUGCUGUGAGGAAGAUGAAACAAGGGCUAGUGCCUCCUGACAGAUUCUUCUGACUGUCUGAGCAGCAGUCUGUUAGUCAUGCACGCCUUGGGUCAUAUCCCAAAUCUGAAAGUCCAAGUUAGACUUAACUUUAAAAAACACAGUCUCUAGAUUGAGCUUACUGUUUCAGCAAACUUUAAUCAGCUUGCCUUUUCCUAUUGUAAUGAAAUAACAUUCCCUGUUUUGACAGUCUCUGGCUGUAUGGAACGGAAAGUCAAAAUAAACAAUGAAGACCACAUUGAACAUUCUAAUACACAACCUCAAAUGUUUACUUAAUUCCUCAGCCUAAACUAGACACCUUAUCCAAACAUUUCCUCCUGUUGACUCCUUCUGUCCUCCACAACAUCCUGGGAUACUAGAUUUUAGAUAGGCGCUUCUAAUACACAUAACUCAGAUUGAAAGCAGAGUUUCAUUAGCACAAACUUCCCUAUCAUAAUUGUAAUCUACAGUAAAUGAAUGCAAUUAGACCCCACCAGGGUCUCCCCUGAGCCCUCCUCUCCUCUGCUAUAAUCUGACUGUAGGUUCUUGUAUAAAGCCAGCAUACUACAUGCACUGCAAUAGCAGCAGAUCUACUUGGUUGCCCUUUCCAGGAUCAUGUCGCUGUUUUUCCUUCAAAUGUUCGUGCUCUCAUGUCUUGGAGCCACAGAGCUACAGAGAAAUUCACAGCAAAGGAAAAGCAGAAGGCCAUUUCAGCACUUUCUCUACCUGGACAAAAAUCUGUUUAAAAGUCAAAGUUCUCCUGAGCUGGUAAGUGAGAACCCAGCAGGAGUUGAAGAGACACUGAAAGUACCAAGCUUUUUUGUAUCAAUUCCACAGACAGCAUCUGGAAUUGAGAAGAAAGAGGAGAAAAAAAUGUCCAGAUUCAUACUUCCCAAUGCGAGACUCCACGCAGACCAAAAUCCGAGUACCUGGGUUGCACCCAGAGAGAUCCCUCCUGUGGAAAACUUCUCUCCACCCCAUUAUUCCAGCAAUAGAGAGUCUGAAUUUUCCUACAGAAAAGAUGCCAAGAAAUUCUGGGAACAUUUCAUGAAAAAUUCAGCAUCUGAAGAGGUUGUUCUGCCAAUCAAGACCAAUGAAAUGCACCAAGAAAACUGCAGAACCCUGCCUUUUGCCCAGGGUGUUACUCAUAACAGCUGUGAAAAGGUGACAAUACAGAAUAAUCUGUGUUUUGGAAAAUGUAGUUCUUUUCAUGUUCCUGGUUCAGAAGAUCAUCUUUAUACCUUUUGUUCUCACUGCUUGCCCAGCAAGUUCUCCAUGAAGCGCCUGGAUCUCAACUGCACUGAUUCUGUUCCAGUGGUCAAAGAAAUCAUGAUUGUAGAAGAGUGUAAAUGUGAAACUCUGAAGAUUAAAGACCCUAUGACUGGAUCUCUACUGUCAGACUUGUAUGAAAAUGUACAUGAGCACAAUUAACCUGUGGAAAGUACUUCUUAAUUUGAUCAUAAGAAUUUGCCAAUGAAAAAUUCAAACAAGUUGUCAUCAUCCUUGUACAAAAAAAUAUUAAAAAUGUAGACUUUAGACAUGAUCUCCGUUUCAACAAUAACUUUACUGAAAGUAUAAUAAAUUUUUCCCUGCAGCUGUUAAGGAAAAGGAGGUAAAGUUAUUGAGCUUAUGUGUAAAGGUCUUACUUUACUAGGGGAAAACUUUAAAAAAUUUCUACCCUUCCUAUCACUGUUUCUAGGAUGCUAGAAGUGUGAAAUAACAUGAUUUUUCUGUGCAAAACCCAAAUGUUAACUUGUUUUCACUGCCUUUGCUUGCAGGGAGUGCCAAUUUGUAGCUCUAUUGGCAACAAAGAUGAGAUUUUAGUCUGUUCCCUACAAAAACGGGUCUACUUUUACAUCAAGAUAAUGGCUGGAGAGUGUAAAACACAAAUGGACAUUAUGUACAUAGGAAGCUGUGACUAGUUAAUGUCAUACUGAUUGAUCCCAGUUGGAGCUCAGUUCUACUUGAAAACUAAUAUACCACACAAUUUACACCAAUAGAUAAUGGAAAAGGGUUAUUUUGCCAUAGAAACUGCGUGCUCUCUUUUCCACAUGUCUGCAUUUGCUCUGUACUUUUAUUUUUACUCAAAGUGCUCAACUGCAGAAGGAGAAAAAAAAAUAAAUCCAUACUCUUACAGAAAACAUCACAGAUGAAUACACUGAUGUUAUUAUUUAAAUUCACUGUGGAAAGACAAUGCACAUUUUCCAGUCCAGUGAAUUUUAACAUUGUCAGAGAAUCUAAGAUAAAGUUUAAAUCAUGUUCUCAAUGCUUGAACUAAAGCAGAAAAGGCAUUUGUGCAACAGAAGAUCUGAGAAAGACUUUAUCAUAUAGCAACACCUUAACAACUUUACAGGAACAGCUGAGAGAACCCUGCUAGGAAGCAUUGGAGUCUUGUGAUAGGCAACACAGCACCAGUGACUAUUAGCUGAACUGCUGGCUUUCCAGCUCUCUCCAGCUGCUUCUCCCUGGAUUUCGCUUGCAGACCUGGUACACCAGACAGAGAUCAGCUUCCAGCAACAGAGCUCAGCAUAUUUCUAUGCCAGUUUUUUUCAGUCCUCUGGGAAUCUGCUCUCAGACCUGGGACACUGUUGUUAAACUAUCAAAGCUCUUUUUUAGGGUACUGGAAAUCACUGUUGACUUAGCUUAUUCGAUGUCAAAUCCAAGGGCUGGGUAAAUGACUCCUUGUAUUUGAACUGCAAUAGUCAAUGUCAAAGAAUACAUGGCUUUGAAAUCCAAGAUCCAUGUUGAAUAUUUACAAAAAAUUGCAUCUGAAUUACAUUCUGAUACUGAGUCUGAAGCUGUUUGCUUCUUCAGGCCACUUGCAGGGAAUGAAUUGAAGAUUAGUAUAUAGUUACCUUUUAAUACAUAUAAACCUGUUUAUAAAUAAUAAAAAUUGUGUAGUAAAACUCAAGAAAAGUCUUCUCUCCAUUCUUUUACAUGAAGGACUGAUGUGAAAACUAUACAUUGUUUAUAUGCUAUGGCGUAUAAAAUGACGCCAUUCUGAGUAACUACCUAUCAAGGUCUUAUCAUCCCUGUAUUGUGUAUGAAAAUUGGUGUCUAUUUUUAAUCAAGCCUAAAAAA